AUGCCGCUCUCGCGGCCGCGGCGGCCGCCAAACCAGCCGGAGCACACACCGGGCCGCCACUCCGCAGACCACCUCCGCAGCAACGUCCCGCGCCGCUGCCCACGGGGCAGCACACCGCGCACCCCGGCCACCCCCGCACCGCACGCCGGCGCCCCAGCCAAGCCCGCCCCGCACGCCGGCCGGGGGCCGCGCUCGUCGCCGCUCCGCCGCCCACGCGGCCCGAACGCCGCCGAAUCCGUCGGGCCACCGCCACAGCCCGCCUCACCACCAGAUCGGGCGUUUGCCCGGAUCCGCCAUCCCAUGGUCCCGGAGCCGCCGCUCCGGCGUCCUAACACCGGCUAG